UGCAAAUAUUAAAUAAUCUGAAAGGAGGAGGUGAAGAAGGAAGUAACUGACCAAAGUGAAAAAGAGGAACAGCUCUGAAGCAAACCAGGUUUGAAGCAUAACCAAAAGAACAAGCCAGAGCCGUAAGUGUUUUGAUUUUUCUCUGGGAACGUAAAGAUGAAAAAAGUUGAUCCCUGCUCACCGUUUAACCAGGGAGAAAAGAAGGUAGAGUAGAAUAAAAUCCCCCUGACAAAGUGCAGUUGUAUACUUAGAAUUGUAAAGUGAAUUUCAUCGCAUACAAAACAAGCCAUUUUCCAAAAUCUCACCUCUGCUUGCAUCAGAACUUUGCCAGGUGAUGUUCUUUCAGAUCUGAAGAAGAAAUGCCUAAAAGAUCUUCCAAAGUCAUUUUUGAUCAACACUAAAGUUCAAGGAAUUCAUUAAAGCCAACACUGGACCACUGCGCAGCAGUUUGUGCAGAAAUGCUGGAAAGCUGUGGAAACACAUCAGUGGCCAUUUCUGUAGGCAUUGCCCUUCUUGUGCUUUUGGUAGUCUGUGGAAUUGGCUGUAUUUGGCACUGGAAACAGCGCGAUGCCACACAGUUUAUCUUACCGAGGUUUUUGCAAAGGAGAAACAGCAGAAGGAAAGACUGUAAGAAAACUCUCUGCUUGGUUCCUCACAUUAUUGGCUCAAGGCUUAAAACUCCAGUUGAAACCCAAGGCCAUAAAUCUGCUGUCAAGGGAACCAGAAUGCCCAGCAAUUAUGAAAAUAUGGAAGUAGGCCCUCCCAAAGCUAAAGAAGAAAUGGAAAGGGAGCUAUAUGAAAACACUCAGUCAUCCAACUUCGAGGAGCAUAUCUACGGAAAUGAGACAUGCUCUCUCUAUUAUAAUUUCCAGAAGCCUAAAACUUCUCCAGCUCCUCAAGAUGAAGAUAUAUACAUUCUACCUGAUGCGUGUUAGCUUUUCACAGUACUGAGUUGCACAGUUUGAGGAAAAAUAGUUACUGGGACUUUUACUAUUGUAAUGUCAUUAAUGAUCAAAUUCUUCUGAUGAAAUUCAGUGGUCUCUUCCCUUCCUACCCUUGUGAAUCCUCUCUGUUUAUCACUGUGUCACUGUAGAUUACUUCUAGGUAUUUUCUCCUCCUUUCUUACCUUGGAAUACAUCUGUACUUUAUUAUAUUGAUUCUUUUUUCGAAUACUAUCUAUAAUGCCUUUCCUUUAUUUCUACCUCCACCAUCUUUUUCUGACUCAGAAUUGUUGUCAUAGUCUCCUAACAGGUCUUUCUCUCUCUAGUUUAUA